AUGGCCCGAGGCUUACCACCUGGUGUAACAUACGUCGCUCAGUGUUUGCCUGGUUUAUUGCUUCCUCCAGCCUCUACAUUCGCUCUCAUCUCCAUCAUCGAGACACUUCUGGAUGUUCGCGUAUCAGCGUUCCAAUACACAUGCGCAGUUCUUCUAUCUUUGCCAGUGGCAUUUGUACUGAGCGUUCAGUAUACCGCAUACGUGAACCGGAGGGGUGCCGCUGCGCGCGGUGCAGUCAUGCCACCGUAUGUCCAGUCUGAUAAAUUUGCAGGGGUCGAUCUGGUGGCUGCGAUGGUCCAUGACUUCAAGAAUAAUCAUCCUGUUGACUUAAUGAAUGAAUGGUCCGAGAAAUAUGGUCAUACAUUUACCAUCCGAACUUUUUUCGAAAACAAGAUCUUCACUUCGGAGCCCGAACAUGUGAAGGCUAUACUUGCUUCACAAUUCAACGAUUUUGCAAAAGGGCCUAUGAGAUAUCAGCUAAGUUCCUUAUUGGGGGAAGGGGUAUUCAGCUCAGAUGGUGAUGUUUGGAAAUUUCAUCGAAGUAUGACUCGGCCGUUCUUUACCAGAGAUCGCAUAAGCCAUUUCGAUAUAUUCAAUCGCCACGCUGAAGAUGUCAUUGAACAAAUAAGAAUCCGCCUUCUGGAAGGUUAUCCCAUUGACUUCCAGGACGCUAUUCGCCGCUUCACCCUGGAUUCGGCAACCGAGUUUCUUUUCGGCAAAGAUGUCAAGUCUCUAUCUGCCGGACUUCCUUACCCUCCGAAUUCACCCCUGGACAUUGUCAAGUCUCAUCCUGCGAACGACUUUGCCGAGGCUUUUGGAGAUGCACAGAUGGCCUCCGCGCUGCGCUCACGGUAUGGUGGCAAAUGGCCAUUGGCCGAGUUUUGGAAAGAUAAGGUUCAUACCUACAUGGAUGUAAUCGACGAAUUUGUCAAUCCUAUCAUUGCCGAGGCUUUGGAAAAGAAGAAAGCCAUGCAAAGUAGCAGUGGAAAUGACCUAAAAGGGAAUUUUGACAGGGAAGUGAAGGAUGGUGAGACCCUGUUGGACCACCUCGUCAACUAUACAGAGGACCUUAAAAUGCUGAAAGACGAAACGCUCAACAUCAUGAUUGCCGGCGGUGACACCACUGCGUCCACGCUAUCCUUUAUGAUAUAUCAGCUAUCUCAAAACCCCAGGAUCCUUGACCGCUUACGUGAAGAGAUCAUAAACAAGGUCGGGCUUACUGAUAGGCCUACUUAUGACGACAUUCGGGAUAUGAAAUAUCUCAGAGCUGUUAUCAACGAAACGCUUCGACUACAUCCUGCCGUUCCCUCUAACAUAAGGAUCAACUAUUCUGUACUAUUGAUGCAUCGUCGGAAAGAUCUUUGGGGUCCAGAUGCGCAAGACUUUGACCCCGACAGAUUUAUCGAUGAACGGCUGCACAAAUAUUUGACGGCUAACCCGUUUAUCUUCAUUCCCUUCAAUGCAGGACCCAGGAUUUGUCUUGGUCAACAGUUUGCCUAUAAUCAGAUAUCGUUCUUCCUAAUCCGCUUCCUACAAAAGUUUUCGUCCAUAACACUCGCCACUGAUGAGCAGUUUGCUCCACCUUCCCACUGGGCAGGGGCUUCUGACCGGAAAUCGAUAGAAAAGAUCUAUCCAAAGUAUCACCUCACCAUGUAUGUGCACGGCGGUGUUUGGGUCAGGCUGGAGGAAGCGGUACAUGAAUAG